AUGCCUUUGUCUGUAGCAAAGAGACUGGGAUAUCACAAGUACCAAGCCUGCGGAAUCUCACUAGUCUUGGCAGAUAGAUCGAUAAGGUUACCAACUGGGAUGCUUGAAGACCUGCCUUUGAGGAUAGGGAAUGUGGAAAUCCCCACAGACUUCAUUGUGCUUGAGAUGGAUGAGGAACCAACAGAUCCAUUGAUUCUAGGAAGGCCAUUCCUAGCUACAGCAAGAGCAAUGAUAGAUGCCAGUUUGCGAAGUCAUGGCAGUGAGCUCGAUCAAGAACUCGAUCGAGUCGAGCCUCGAACAAACGAACUCGAUCGAGCUGGGGCUGAAUGCAAGGAGCAAGCUCAAGGAGAUUGGUCUGAGCUCAAGGCGCCUAAAGUCGACCUCAAACCUUUGCCUGAGGGCCUCAGGUAUGCAUUUCUGGGUGAAAACUCAACUUACCCUGUCAUUGUGAACUCUGAUUUGGAACCUGAACAGUUGAGUGCUUUGCUUGUUGAAUUGAGAAAGUACAGAAAGGCAAUAGGUUACACUCUAGAUGAUAUCAAGGGGAUCUCCCCUGACCUAUGCAUCCAUAGGAUUCAUCUAGAGGAUGAAAGUAAGUCAAGCAUUGAACCUCAGAGAAGGUUGAACCCCAAUCUAAAGGAAGUAGUGAAGAAAGAGAUACUCAAGUUGCUUGAUGCUGGGAUAAUCUAUCCCAUCAGUGAUAGCACUUGGAUAUCUCCAGUUCAUUGCGUCCCAAAGAAAGGGGGGAUCACUGUCAUUAAAAACGACAAAGAGGAGCUGAUUCCCACUAGAACAAUAGUGGGGCAUCGCAUGUGUAUUGACUAUAGGAAGCUAAAUUCAGCAUCUAGAAAGGAUCAUUUCCCUCUCCCUUUCAUUGAUCAGAUGUUAGAAAGAUUGGCAAACCACCCUUUUUAUUGUUUUCUUGAUGGCUACAGUGGUUUCUUCCAAAUCCCGAUCCACCCUAAUGAUCAGGAGAAGACCACUUUCACAUGCCCUUAUGGCACCUUUGCUUAUCGAAGGAUGCCAUUUGGGCUGUGCAAUGCUCCAGCUACUUUCCAGAGGUGCAUGACCUCCAUUUUUUCAGAUCUGAUAGAGGAGAUGGUAGAAGUCUUCAUGGACGAUUUCUCAGUCUAUGGAGCAUCCUUCUCCUCAUGUUUGUCUAACUUGUGCAGGGUGUUGCAGAGGUGUGAGGAGACCAAUCUAGUACUCAACUGGGAGAAGUGCCACUUCAUGGUUCGAGAAGGGAUUGUGCUUGGACACAAGAUUUCCGAGAAAGGGAUCGAGCUCGAUCGAGCUAAGGUGGAUGUCAUGUUGCAGCUCCCUGUUCCCAAGACUGUGAAGGACAUAAGGAGUUUUCUGGGUCAUGCAGGGUUCUACAGAAGAUUCAUCAAGGAUUUCUCAAAGAUAGCAAGACCCUUGACAAGGCUUCUGUGCAAGGAGACAGAUUUUGAGUUUGAUGAAGAAUGCCACAAGUCUUGGACCUUGCUGAAGGAUGCUCUGGUGUCUGCGCCAAUAGUACAAGCUCCAAACUGGGAUCACCCAUUUGAGAUUAUGUGUGAUGCAUCUGACUAUGCAGUAGGAGCAGUGCUUGGCCAAAAGAUAGACAAGAAACUCAAUGUCAUCUACUAUGCAAGCAAGACUAUGGAUGAUGCUCAGUGCAAGUAUGCAACCACAGAGAAGGAACUCCUUGCCAUAGUCUUUGCCUUUGAGAAGUUUCGAAGCUAUAUAGUUGGAUCCAAGGUGAUUGUGCACACUGACCAUGCUGCCCUUAGACACAUCUUCGCUAAGAAAGAUACAAAGCCAAGACUUCUCAGAUGGAUCCUUUUGCUUCAAGAGUUUGAUAUAGAAGUUGUGGACAAAAAGGGAGUAGAAAAUGGAGUUGCUGAUCAUCUCUCUAGGAUGCGAGUUGAAGACAUGAUCCCCAUCAAUGAUUCUAUGCCUGAAGAACAGCUUAUGGCAAUCAUGAUCUUGAAGGAGAGUUUUGAUGAGAAAGCCAGGCUGGAAGAAGUUAAGGCUCUGCGUGAUGAGAAUUUGCCAUGGUAUGCUGAUAUAGUGAACUUCAUGGUGUCCGGAGAAGUCCCUAGUAGCUUUGAUGCUUACAAGAGGAAGAAAUUCUUCAAGGAUGCUAGGCAUUACUAUUGGGAUGAGCCCUACCUGUACAAGAGAGGACCAGACAGCAUUUACAGGAGAUGCAUUGCUGAAGAGGAUGUGCAAGGAGUUCUAGAGCAUUGCCAUGGGUCAGCUUACGGAGGUCACUUUGCUACAUUCAAAACAGCAACUAAGACUUCAUGGGACCUUUCAAACCCUUCUUCAAACGGGCACAACUACAUUUUGGUUGCUGUAGACUAUGUAUCCAAAUGGAUUGAAGCCAUUCCCUGCCCAACCUGUGACGCCAAGGUGGUUGUCAAGCUUUUCAGAACCAUCAUCUUUCCAAGGUUCGGCAUCCCAAGGGUUGUUAUUUCGGAUGGAGGCUCCCAUUUCAUCAACAAGGUGUUUGAAAAGUUGAUGAGAAGCCAUGGAGUCAAACACAAGGUCGCCACACCUUAUCACCCUCAAACCAGUGGGCAAGUUGAAGUCUCCAACAGACAGAUCAAGGCCAUAUUGGAGAAGACUGUGAGCUUCACUAGGAAAGACUGGGCAGCAAGGCUUGAUGAGGCACUUUGGGCUUAUAGAACAGCCUACAAAACCCCCAUUGGAAGGUCUCCUUUCAAUUUGCUGUAUGGGAAGGACUGCCACUUACCUGUGGAGGUCGAAUAUAAGGCUUUAUGGGCAGUAAAGAUGCUGAACUUUGAUAUAAAGGCAGCACAAGAAAGAGGGUAA